UAACACCAACCUCGCCACCUUUCUCUUUUGCUAGUUCCCUUGUUUCUUCUUCUCUCAAACCCUGGCUAUAUAUCUAUAUCAUUCCUUGUAAAUUCCCUGAUGGCUGAUCCUCAAUGUGAUGACGCAUCUGACACUCGAAGGAAGGGCAUCGGUAAGCGUGGUUCCUCCAUGCCGGUCGAGUCCCAGUCGGUUGCUGAACCGACACCGGUUCCAUCUGUGGCUCCAUGCGGUGCAUGCAAGUUCUUGAGGAGGAAAUGCAUUAGUGGGUGCAUUUUUGCACCCCACUUUGGUUCAGACCAGGGUGCAGCCCGGUUUGCAGCAGUGCAUAAGGUCUUCGGUGCUAGUAAUGUGUCCAAGCUGUUGCUGCACAUUCCGAUGAACCGGAGGCAUGAAGCUGUUGUUACAAUAUCUUAUGAGGCUCAGGCAAGGUUAUCCGAUCCAGUUUAUGGUUGUGUAUCCACCAUACUUGCUUUGCAACAACAGGUCGCAUCUUUGCAAGCUGAGCUUGCAAUGGUCCAAAGUCAACUAAUAAACAGUAGGUUUGCAAUGGCAAAUUUUCUGCAAAACCCACAACAGCAGCAGCAACAGCAUCAACAACAGCAGCAAGUGGCAAUGCUUCAACCUGCCUACUCUAACAACUCUUCAGCUUCUACAAACCUCAUCCACAUGAGCAGUUUCACCUCCAACUUUGACAUUGUCACUGACACUGCUCCAUCUUCUCAUAGCUUGGAGCCUCUCCAGCUUUCCCGACCAUCCCAUGAUGAGGAAGAUGAUGAGGAAGAGAGUCAGAUUCCAGGCAUUUUUGUGGAUGAAAUACUUCAACAGAGAUGAAGUUUAAGAUUUCCACCCCUGAAAAUUUAUCUUCACAGAUAGUUUUCCUGCUCUUAUGUAAUGCAAUAUACUAUCAUAUAAGAUAUUAUAUAAAUAUAAAUAUACAUCAGCUGAUUGAUA